UGCUUUGCUAGGUGGGAUAAAUAUAAUGGCCGGCCCAUAUAUCCCAUUACAGGCCUGCACUCAUCAUCACCCUCCCUUCUCUCUCUCUCUCUCGUUUAAAUUCAGUCAUACUUCUCUUCUCCUCCCUAUAUAAAUUCAUUUAAUUUAUCACCCCUGUUCUUCAAUCAUUGAAUAUGGCUAGAAAUUUAGCUGAUCAAAAAUGGGUACUAAACCCCACCAUCUCUAUUGAAAAUGAAGUCGAAGAAGACAACGAAGAAGAAGCAUUGUCGUUUUGUGAUCUUCCCAUAAACGGCGACAUUCAAUCAACAAAACAAGAACCACAAUCAGUUGUAGAUGACUUCCACUUUGGCCGCUCUGUUUUUGCAGAACCCGAAAUGUGUGCUGCCGAUGAGCUCUUCUUUCAGGGCCAGAUUGUUCCAUUACGCCACUCUGUAAGCUCCGACAGCAAUCUCCUUAUAUUCCCAAUACAUAGGUCCAAGUCCAUGGACAAUUGUUAUUUUGGAAGGUUCAACAGCGUCAGCAGUAGAAGCAGCAGUCAACAUUCUUCAAGCAGUGCCAGUUCUACAGCCACUGCCUCCGCUGCCACCACUUACAAGCAAAGAGUCCGAAACCGGUUUCAUUCACAGCCAAGUCCUAGUCCGAAUCCCCGAACACGGAUUUCAAGCGGCCAGUAUGGAAAUUUGAGCCACCGGAGUCGUAAAUUGACCACAUGGAGCCUAUUCAGACCAGGUUUGGUCCGGACACCAAAGAUCGAAUUGCAAGAUCUCAAGGUUCGAAGCAGUAGCACCAGAACACAGAAACCCAUCACAGAAUCGAACACAUUCAUUUCACAUGAGAUGAGUCCCAUCUUUCUGCGGACUCCUUAUCUAUGUGAAGGAGUUAUGUCUGAUUCUGUAAUCGAUUUCUGUAUAAGUAGAAGUACUAGUACGAGCAAUAGAACCAGUGGCGACAGUGAUGACAGAGACAAGAAUGGUUCUUCCAAGAUUGAGAGGAAGAAGAAGAAGAAAAAGAAGCAAAGGUUAGUAGAUAGGAAUGGAACAUUGUUUGGUGGUUGUAAGUGUACGGUUGAUGCAGUUGAGACAGUACCUUCGCAAGAUCAAAAAGUUCAAGCAAAGAAGAAGAAGAAUCGAACGUUUGAAUGGUUGAAGGAGCUUUCACUUGCUGACAUACAAGAUGAAGCAUAGAUUCACUCUUCUUGUUUAUGUCAUUAUUUUUUUGAACUCUGUUUUGUUUGUUUUGUGCUUGUAAAAGUGUUUUUAAUUUGAAGUAAUGGAUUUGGAAAAGAACUGUUUUCAUAUGGUAAUCAA